AUGAACACAGGCAAUUGUAAUAAUAAAUUAAAAAUUUUAAAAGGUAGAAAUAUUAUUAUUAAUAAUAGUAUUAAAGAGGCAUCCGUAUUAGUUAGAAAUGGUAUUAUUUGUGGUAUCAAAGAAUAUAAUUAUGAACCAACUGAGGAAUUUGAUUUAUUAAUUAGCAAAGAGUUAAGUGAAAAUAAAGAUAUUGUUAUUAUGGGUGGUUUGGUCGAUAGCCAUGUACAUGUUAAUGAGCCAGGAAGAACUGAAUGGGAAGGUUUUGUAUGUGCUACAAGUGCAGCAGCAGCAGGUGGUGUAACAACUAUUAUCGAUAUGCCAUUAAAUAGUUCGCCAGUUACAACCUCACUCGAUAGUUUAAACAAAAAGAUUGAAGCAAUGAAGGAUAAGCUUCGUGUAGAUGUUGGUUUAUUGGGCGGAAUUGUUCCAGGUAAUUCAAAUGAAAUUAAAAGAAUGGUAUUGGAAGGUGGUGUCGUUGGUUUCAAAUCAUUUUUAGUUCACUCAGGCAUCGACGAGUUCCCACAUGUUCAAGAAACUGAUAUUCAAGAGGCAAUGGAAAUUAUGAAAUCAUUGGCUGUAGAAGAAGGUGGUAGAGAUGUUGUUAUGAUGUUCCAUGCUGAAAUUGGUGAGCCAAUUGAAAAGGCUACUGCCAAAUUAAUUGAAGAGAAUGCCGACCCAAGAAAAUAUAAUACUUUUCUUCAAAGCCGUCCCAGAGAAGCAGAGAAUAUUGCCAUCAAUAUGAUUUUAGAGUUAUCAAAGAAAAAUAAUGUUAGAACACAUAUCGUCCAUUUGUCAUCAUCUGAUAUUCUCGACACUCUUGACAAUGCCAUUCACAAAGAAAAGAUUCCAAUUACUGCAGAGACUACAUUCCAUUACUUAUAUUUUGUUUCAGAAAAAGUACCAGAUGGCGAAACACUCUAUAAAUGUUGCCCACCAGUACGCGAAGAAGAAAAUAAAGAAUUACUAUGGCAAGCUCUUCAAAGAGGUACCAUUAAUAUAAUUGUCUCUGACCAUUCACCAUGCACUUUAGAAUUAAAGUUAGUAGAGGAAGGGGACUUUAUGAAAGCAUGGGGUGGUAUUUCAUCAUUACAAUUAGGUCUCCCAAUCAUUUGGACAGAAGCCAAGAAGAGAGAUAUCCCAAUCCAUAAUCUUUCAAAAUGGAUGAGCGAUGAACCAGCACGUCUUGUAGGUUUAAAUGAUAGAAAAGGUUCAAUUAAAAUUGGUAGAGAUGCUGAUUUUGUAGUUUGGAAUCCAAAAGAAGAGUUUGUUGUUGAUCAAGAUAAAUUAAUGGUUAAAAACAAGCAUUCACCAUACCACCAACAAAGACUUUUUGGUAUUAUUUAUGAAACUAUCUUACGUGGUGAUUCAAUCUUCAAAAAGGAUCAAGAAAGAAUUACAAAGGUUACCGGUCAACGUUUAAUUCAAACCAAAAUCCAUACCAAUCCAACUUAUCCAAAACCAUUCCUUCCAACUAUCGAGUUACUUAAUAGUUUAGAUGAACCUGAGUUCUUUAAUUGUAUUCAUCUUCUCUUUGAAGCUGCUCCACCACUUGCUACAAGAUUAUACGCUAAAAAACCAUUUAGAUCAUACCAAGAAUUAAUUAAUGAAGCUGAAUCAAUUAUUGGCUCUUUAGGUGACGAAGAUAAGAUUGUCGUCAUUAAUGCACAUCCAAGAAUUGGUCUCAAUCCAGCCGAAAUUAAGAAAACAUCAUCAAUUAGUUUCCGUGAACAAGGUUUAGAAAAUGAAAAGAUUGACGAACGUGUCAUUGAAAUUUAUUCAACAUUAAAAACCUUAAAUGAACAAUACGAAAAACAAUUUGGUUUCAAAUUUGUCGAGUUUGUUAAUGGCCGUUCAAAAGAACAAAUUAUUCCAGUAUUAAGAGAACGUUUAAAUAACUCAAAGGAUCAAGAGUUAAAAACUGGUUUAAAAGCUAUGACUGAUAUUUCAAAUGCAAGAUUAUCAAAAUUAAUACAACAAUAAAAAUAAAUGUAGUUUUAAAAAAAUUAGAUAAUAUUUU